ACUUCCCUUAUUCUGCUGCCCAUUCCCAUUCCCAUUCCCCAGCUGCUGAUCAUCUCAGAGGGGAAAGCAGCAGAAGAAGAGGAGAUUUGAGGAGAAAAAAAGGAAAGAGCAGCUAACUACCUGGUCUGGCUGCAGCAACGUACAUCGCCGUCUCGUUAGUUCAAAAUGCAACUCCACAUAUCUCCAAGCUUGAGGCAUGUCACAGUGCUUCAAGGGAAAGGUGUUAGAGAGCUCAUCCAAGUCAAAGUUGGAGGCAAGAAGGUUUCGUAUCGAAUGAUCUUGUACUCGCUUCUCUUCUUCACCUUCCUCCUGCGGUUCGUGUUUGUCCUCUCCACCGUCGACUCCAUUGAUGGCGAAACGAGAUGCUCCUCUCUUGGUUGCUUGGGGAAAAGAAUAGGGCCAAGGUUACUAGGAAGAAGGAUGGACCAAUCUGUUCCUGAAGUAAUGUACAGAGUACUAGAACAACCCAUUGACAAGGAUGAACUACAAGGAAGAACAGACAUCCCUCAAACACUGGAGGAGUUCAUGGCUGAAGUCAAAGAUUCAGGAUUUGAUGCCAGAACUUUUGCUCUCAAGCUCAGAGAAAUGGUACUGUUCCUUCCUCUAUAUAUACACAUCUGAAUUGCACACAAAAAAAACCCAGAAAUGUCCUAAACCCAGUUAAAAGGCUCUGAUCACUCUUUCUUUCCUCUUCACAGGUAUCACUAAUGGAAGAAAGGACAAGAACAGCGAAAAUCCAAGAGUAUCUGUACAGGCAUGUGGCAUCAAGUAGCAUACCGAAACAGCUCCAUUGCCUAGCCUUGAGGCUGGCGAAUGAGCACUCCACGAAUGCAGCCGCCAGGCUUCAACUCCCUUCGGCUGAGCUUGUGCCUGCUCUUGUUGAUAACUCUUACUACCAUUUUGUACUUGCUUCAGACAAUGUCCUUGCAGCAGCUGUGGUUGCCACAUCCAUAGUCCAUAACUCAUUGAGGCCACACAAGUUUGUGAUCCACAUCAUAACAGACAGAAAAACUUACUACCCAAUGCAAGCCUGGUUCUCCUUGCACCCUCUAACCCCUGCGAUAGUUGAGGUCAAGGCGUUGCACCAUUUCGAUUGGUUCUCAAAGGGUAAAGUUCCUGUCCUUGAGGCAAUGGAGAAAGAUCAGAAGGUGAGGUCACAGUUCAGAGGUGGGUCUUCUGCAAUCAUUGCGAAUAACACGGAUAAACCUAAGGUGAUUGCCGCCAAGCUCCAAGCUCUUAGCCCCAAAUACAACUCCAUGAUGAACCAUAUCAGAAUUCAUCUGCCCGAGGUAACUCCUGAAAAUUUGCAAGACUUGUCACUUUACUUCCAAGUAUGUUUUGUUUUUUUUUCAUUUCAAACCCAUUUUGACAAAAGUCCUGUUGUUGAUUUGUUUUUAUCAACCUGCAGCUUUUCCCAAGCUUGAACAAGUUGGUGUUCCUAGACGAUGACAUUGUGGUACAGACCGAUCUUUCGCCACUUUGGGACAUCGAUCUGAAUGGGAAAGUGAAUGGAGCUGUGGAGACAUGCAGAGGGGAAGACAAGUAUGUAAUGUCUAAGAAGUUGAAGAACUACCUGAACUUCUCACAUCCUUUGAUAUCUCAGCAUUUCAACCCUGAAGAGUGUGCUUGGGCAUAUGGAAUGAACAUCUUCGAUCUAGAGGCUUGGAGAAAGACCAACAUCAGUAACACCUACCAUCAAUGGCUUGAACAGAACCUGAAAUCAGACCUCAGCCUGUGGCAGCUGGGAACACUACCACCAGGGCUAAUCGCAUUCCACGGCCAUGUCCAAGCCAUCGAUCCAUUCUGGCACAUGCUAGGGUUAGGGUACCAAGAGAAUACCAGUUAUGAGGAUGCUGAGAGUGCUGGUGUUAUCCAUUUCAAUGGAAGAGCAAAGCCAUGGCUAGACAUAGCUUUCCCUCAGCUCAGGCCAUUAUGGGCCAAGUACGUUGACUUCUCUGAUAAAUUCGUCAAGAGUUGUCACAUUAGAGCAGCUUAAGAACUUGACCAAAUGGAUAAGGCCAAUCACAGCCCACCCACAAGGAAAGAAGACCAUCUCUCUUUCUGCUUUGUAUAUGAAGGAGAAGACUACAAGUGGAUGAUGAAGAGAAGCAAAAAAAAGAGGUUCAUUUGGCAGUUCCAGAACAAGAAGGCCUUCACAAGUUCAGAUUGUAAUAUAUUUUCCCCUCUUUCCCCCAUACUUUUUCUUUCAUUUCCUUUCUUAUGGUCUUCUCCCGAAAAUUUGUUCUUUCCUUCCUUUGUAAUUCAUGCCACUUAGGAGAUUAGUAAACAGAAAUAAGUUUUUUUGGAUUCAAGAAAGGAAAGGAAUUUAACAGAGAAUCAAUCAUACAAAAGAGAAACUUCUUGUUAUUUCGCCACUUCUUCCUGCAGUCUGUUUAUUUUCAGUUAUCAAAUGAAGGGAAGGAAUCCAUUGAUUCAGUCCCUUCACUUUCUUCCAGUUACAUUGGAGACCAAAUCUUUGAGAAACUUGGCAGACUUGGUGAUGGGAGAAUUGAUAGCCAUCAAAUUAUACAAAACAAUCUCAACUUCACCUAUGGAAGGCCUCGCCUUGAAUUGUGAAAUAACCUUCAUCUCACCUCCUUCUUCUUCAACAAGAACACUCCACUUCUCCCCACUCACAAUUCCAUCCCUCACACACUUAAAGAUCACUCCUUUCCUCUUGCUCAAAACUCCUUGAACCUCCAGCCCCAUGAAAGAAUAGAUUACCUCAAAUGAACCCACAAAGCCACUCAGUUCUUCUCCAAAAUCGCCAUCACCCCCUCCUUCAAGUCCCCAUCUUGGGUUCAGAAUCACAACUGGGUUUGGAUACAUGCCGUCUGCAACCCUUUUCACAUCCACUAGCUGGGAACUCUCUGGAGAAAGGAACACUGCCACGUCAGCACCAGAUAUUGAUCUCCUGAUGUUGUCAUAGGAAGACAUGUCGACGUGUUCAACAUUGGCUGAUGAUGAUGAUGAUGAUGAUGAAGCAGCCAACUGGAAUGCUUCGAUUGCAGCAUCUCUGAGUGCAGGGUUGGGCCAGAGGAUCAGAGUCUUGACUGGGGAGCCUUUUCUUUUGAUGGGCAAGUCCUUGAAGAUUUCAAGAGCUAGCUGAGAGAGGGAAGCUGGGGAAUCAUCAACCACGGGGAUUUCAACUUGGAACCUUGGCUGCUUGAGCUUCUUGAUCCUGCCAACGAGCUUGGGGUUGUUGAGGGGCUUCUCUAAGGUUUUGGAGAGGCAGGUUUGGGCUUGGAGGAUUGCUUCUUCUCUGGAGGCUGGUGGGUUGGAGGAUGACGGAAGUGAAGAGUGGACUUGAAGACAGCAAAGUUUGGAUCUUUUCUUGGGAAGAACAGAGUGGGUGAUGGAAAGAUGAUGGAGGUCAUUGUUGCGAUGGGUCAGGGUAAAUGGAAGGGACUGGCUGAGAACUGGAUGGCGGUAAAGCAGUGGAGGUGGUGAAAGCUGUGUGGGGUUGAAGAUUUGAGAAUGGAGCUUGAGAAGACUACUGUAACCCAUGGAGGAAAGUGGAUAGUUUUGGUGGUGGAGAAAAAGAUGAUGAUGAUGCAGAGAUACUUACAUUGAGUGUUGGUUGAGACUUGCGAGAGAAUAACUGAAGAUGAUGGUCCUGUACUGGUACUGCUGAGAAAUUCGAAGGAGAUAAGAUAUGAUUCAUGAUGUAUGGCAGCUUCACAGCCGCAUAAUCAUUUCAAAUGGAGUUGCCCCACAAGCUACAAUUCUGCCUUUAGGACAUCCCAAUCCAAGAUACGUCCUCUCAGAGUCGAUUCCGAUUUCCUAAAGCAAAUCAUUCCUGUUUUAGCCAGCGGAUUGUAAAAUCGUACCAGAGGAUAUUACCGAAAAUGUCAACGAUCGGAUAUUUUGUGCGAGAAGAAUGAACAUAUAGUUCAGAGAGAUGAUACGGCUAUAGAGAUCUGCUAGAGAAACUUAUUGAAAUUUACACGAGUAUACCAGCAAUAAUUCAUAGAUCAUCACUCCAGAUUGGGACAUUGCAGGGGCCACGGAGUCACCCACCAAUUCUGAGUUAGAACACUUCAUCAAAAGCUCAUACAUGACCAAGAACAAUAAGAGGAGAACGAAUUACAACUUGGGUUGCAAAAUCCAGCCCUCAGCCACCAACGAUUGCGGCAACUUAAGCCACAGGCGGUCGGAGCACAUGGUCCUGUGAGGUAUCAACCGAAGCCGGCGGCAUAAACUGCCACAUAGCAACUCCCGGAUAACCAAUGAAAGGCACCAACUUGUUGCCGGGAGCUUGUCCUUGAGCUGCAGCAAAGGCGGCAGCUGGAAUAGCAGGGGGAGCAGGCAAAAAGCUAGGUUGAGCGUGAAUGGUUUUCAUUUGCUGUUCCAGCUUCUCUUUCUCUGCUUUAAGACGCUGCUUCUCAUCACGAAGUUCAUUCUUCUCCACCUUCAAUUCUUUAAUUUUCUCUUGAAGACUUGAAUUUGAGUCCUUCAGUUUCUGUGCUUCACC